AUGGGCAUUAACACCACAAAUACUGGCCAAGGCGCCAGAGACUCCCGAGCGAUCCAGAUCGGGAGCGCCAAACAUCCCAAGAGUGAUGCGGUCUGGUUUCCCGUUGUUGGGGACUGGUUCGACGAAGACUCUAUGCAAGCCGCCCACCUUUCCCCCUGUAUGCAUGGACAGGAAGUUAUGGAUACCAUAUUUGGCAAGAAGAAUCCACCGGAGCCUUUCUCGCCGAGAAAUGGCUUGCUUGUUUCUCGAGAAAUCGAGAAAUAUUUCGACUCUGGGAAGUUUGUAAUAGUCUCUGACCUCCCCGACCGGCCACCACUGGCAGAGUUGAUUUCAUGGGUCCAGGCUGAAUGUCGGGACUACCGAGUAAGGAUCAUUGAUCCUAAAUGGGAGAAACUCAACCACGCAGUUUCAAUCCACUAUAACAUCACAUGGAGGGCGCUGGAUGUGAAGAAACUGCAAUUCCGGAUCAAGUUCUGA